AGUUUAAGAAACUUUUUGUAAAAAGUUUAAAAUAAAAUUCUCUAGAAAAAUAAAUGUAAAAUGAUUUAAAAAAAGUUAUAAAAAACAAAUGACAAAUUUGUGACUGAAACUAAACUAAACAUUCCUAAGAGAUUUUCCCUACUCCAUAACAAGAAAAUAAAUUAUUUACACAAAAACUUGAAAAAAAGCUGCUGCUUAGCAACACGACACGUCUCACAAGUAAAACGUGACAAAUCUUAUUUGGUCAAGGGUUUAAAGCAAAAAAAAAAAAAAAAAAAAAGACAAAAAAUAUAAAAAAAUAAAAUUAUUACCAGAUUUGUUGUAAAAAUUGUUGUUUUUGAUAAUACAAAUAAUUUUCCUAAAUGGAUACGAAAACUCAACCAACUUUAUUGGAUAAAUUGAAAAACAAUUUCAAAAUGAUGGGUUGUUUACAGCCAAAAGAAGAGAAAUCUUUAGAUGCGAUACAAACUAUGAAGGCUGCUUUACUUAUACAACGUUGGUAUAGACGUCAUAAUGCUCGCAUGGAAAUCAGACGUCGCUACACCUGGUCCAUAUUUACAAAUUUAGAAUAUGCCGGUGAACAAGAUCAAGUUGAGCUUUACAAUUUCUUUAACGCUUUAUUAACACACAUUCCAAAUGCUGCUGCCCAAAAAGGUGGCUCUCUAGCUUCCUCACAAGCAUCUUCGAUAGAUCAAUUUGAUUCCAAAUAUUCCGAUGAAUCCGAUUAUCAUGAGGAAUAUGAUAGUGUUUCGGGUGCCAGAUAUAAAGGGCCACAAAUUAAAUUUCCAUUAACUAAAAAGGAUAUUGAUACAUUAAUAGAUCUCUUUCGCAAGAAAAGGUCAAAUCGUCUUCAUGCUCGCUAUGUGGGCGCUAUUUUAAAAGAAGCUGCUAUAAAGCUACGCACUUUGCCAAAUUUAAAUACGGCCUCGACAGCCAUUUCCAAACAGAUAACCAUCUGUGGUGAUUUGCAUGGCAAAUUGGAUGAUCUCUUGGUGGUGUUUUAUAAGAACGGUCUGCCAUCUUCUGAGAAUCCCUAUAUUUUCAAUGGUGACUUUGUGGAUCGUGGCAAGAAGGGUCUAGAAGUGUUUCUCUUACUUCUAGCCUGUUUCUUAGCCUUUCCCAAUGGAGUUUUCCUUAAUCGUGGCAAUCAUGAGGAUUCAGUAAUGAAUGCACGUUACGGUUUCAUAAGAGAAGUUCAACAGAAAUACAAGCGCAAUUCAACGAAAUUACUUAAACUCAUUGAUGAGGUGUAUCGUUGGUUGCCAUUGGGCACUGUUAUUAAUAGUCGUGUAUUGGUGGUGCACGGUGGUAUAUCCGAUACAACUAAUUUGGAUUUAAUUAAAAGUCUUGAUCGUGGCAAGUAUGUUUCAAUUUUACGACCACCAAUUGAACAAACUGGCGGUGAGGGUAUUGACAAGGUCGAAUGGAAACAGCUCUUUGACAUUAUGUGGAGUGACCCACAGCACAAUGAGGGUUGUUUGCCCAAUAGUUUACGUGGUGCUGGCACUUACUUUGGCCCCGAUAUCACUAAACAGUUUCUCGAAAAACACAAGCUAGACUAUUUGGUGCGUUCACAUGAAUGCAAAGUGGAUGGCUAUGAGUUUGUCCAUGAUGAGAAGGUCAUUACUAUAUUUUCAGCUUCCAAUUAUUAUGCCAUUGGUUCAAAUCGUGGUGCAUACAUAAAGCUAAAUCCUCAUAUGGAACCACAUUUUGUUCAAUAUAUAUCGGCUGCCUCGAAGACACGUCAAUUAACAUUCCGCCAAAGAGUGGGCAUUGUGGAGAGUUCCGCUAUAAGGGAAUUGGGCGCUAGGUUGCGUGCAAGGCGCAACGAACUGGAGGCUGAAUUCAAGAAGCAUGAUCAAAAAAAUAAAGGUUACAUCACUAUUUCCAAAUGGUGUGAGGCCAUGGAAAAGGCCACCAAUUUGGGUUUACCCUGGCGUUUGUUGCGUCCUCGUUUGGCUCCUUCUAGUGAUGACUGCCCCGCAAAUGAGGUUAACUAUUUAACCACCUUGGAACUGUUGGAUACGGAUACCAUAAUCGAAGCCCAAGAGCAGGAAACCAGUGUGGCGGAUUCUUUAUAUAAAAAUGUCAGCAGCUUGGAAGCUAUAUUUCAUAUAUUGGAUUCCGAUCAGUCGGGCUACAUUUCUCUGAGCGAAUUCAGUGAUGCCUGCGAGCUUUUAGAGAAGCAUUUGCCCGGUACAAAUACUCGCGAGCAAUUGCUGGACAUGUGUCGCAUGAUGGACCUAAACAAAGAUGGACUAGUAGAUCUUAACGAAUUUCUCGAGGCAUUCCGUUUAUGUGAACAGGCCAAAAAUGAACAUACCACAGGCAAGAAGGCACACCUGGAUGGAACAGAAGGAGAUGAUAAAAAUGAAAAGGGUGGUAGAAGAUAUAGUACUCAGGUGGCAUUGGCGGCGGCACAAUUGAAAAAACAACUGCCCGCCGUAGAUGAAGAUGGUGAUAAUGAUAUCGAUCCCAAUGACAGUGAAACUAAUACACUGAAACGUUAAAAGGGAGGCGAUAGGAAAU